UCUCGGGAGGACCCGGCCACCGCGCCAAACCCCGCCACUGUCUCUCCGUGCGAGCCAUGGCCGGCCUCGGCCACCCCGCCGUCUUUGGCCGGGCCACCCACGCCGUGGUGCGGGCGCUGCCCGAGUCCCUGUGUCGCCACGCGCUGAGACGUUCCCAGGGUGAAGAGGUGGAUUUCGCUCGCGCCGAGCGCCAGCACCAGCUCUACGUGGACGUGCUGAGCAGCAAGCUGGGGCUGCAGGUGGUGCAGCUGCCGGCCGACGAGAGCCUGCCCGACUGCGUGUUCGUGGAGGACGUGGCCGUGGUGUGCGAGGAGACCGCCCUCAUCACCCGCCCUGGGGCGCCCAGCCGCAGGAAGGAGGUUGUCCUGAUGAAAGAGGCGCUGGAGAAACUUCAGCUCAACAUCGUGGAGAUGAAAGACGAGAACGCAACCUUAGAUGGUGGUGAUGUCUUAUUCACAGGCAGAGAAUUUUUUGUGGGCCUUUCUAAAAGGACAAACCAGCGAGGCGCUGAAAUCUUGGCUGAUACUUUUAAGGACUACGCCGUCUCCACAGUCCCUGUGGCCGAUUCUUUGCAUCUGAAGAGCUUCUGCAGCAUGGCUGGACCCAACCUGAUUGCGAUAGGGUCCAGUGAAUCUGCGCAGAAGGCCCUCAAGAUCAUGCAGCAAAUGAGUGACCAUCGUUAUGACAAGCUCACUGUGCCUGACGACAUGGCGGCCAACUGUAUUUAUCUAAAUAUCCCUAACAAAGGGCACGUCUUACUGCACCCAACCCCAGAAGAGUACCCAGAAAGUGCAAAGGUUUAUGAGAAACUGAAGGACCAUCUACUGAUCCCCGUGAGCAAUUCGGAAAUGGAAAAGGUGGACGGUUUGCUCACCUGCUCUUCCAUUUUUAUUAACAAGAAGGCAGACUGCUGAGCCCAAGAGUCCCUCCCUGGCGGCCAGCGAGGUGGCCCAAGCCGGGCUGAUGACUCCGUACCCACUUCUCUGUUUUCCUCGACAAUCUAUUGUGCCACUGUGCUACUAACUCUUGUUUACAGAAAAUGAAAUUAAUUCCAGUUUUAACGGCUUUAUUUUCCAUGCCCUUCUUCACCUCAGCCGUGGUACUUAACCUGUGGAUUGCUAAAUGAAUUAAACAACCUAGAAAAUACAGAACUAAUGAAUUAUUGAAAUGUGAGAUUAAUAGUGUGGGAACAUUCGGUUUAGUGUUUGUUAUUAGUGUGGAAAUAGCUUAGUUGCAGGGUAGUCUAAAGACUGUCUUCCUGAUCAGCAAGAUAAUCAAGGGACUUUUUUUUUCUUUUUGGUAUCAUAAAUCACAUUUGGUUCCUGUGAAAUUCCCUGGCCCAUGGAUUUUUCCCAUUCUCCUCUCUUCUAAAAUCUGAGAACCUUUCUUCCAGGUACUUCCUUUGGCCAUUCCCACUUCUUUCCAAGCCACCUUGACCUUGGAUUUGUCCAAGGUCUUGCCUUGGGUACCUUCCUGAAGGUCCACCUUGGGGACACUUCUCCUCUGCCCCGUGGCCACAACUCCUGCCACCCGCAGCCCUCCCUUCCCCUAGAGAAGCACAGUGGGCCCUCAACAGAACUGUGGCCAAAAUCAGAAUGGCUGGUUGGGGAACAGGAACCUCACAGAGGCACCUCCUGAUAGGGUUUGCAGGAGACCUGAAUGCCGGGAGAGCUUGUUACCAGGCCUAGGAAGGUAAAUUCAGCCCCAGGUGGUUGAUAUUGGAUGUUAGAUCAGGCAGCCUGGAAAAACCCCUUGGGACAUCUUAGAAAGACUGAGCCACAUGCCAUGAUUUUGCCUCACAACUGUCCCUACAGGAGCAUGGAAGAAAGUCUUUCUCUGCCUCACCCCAUCCCCCUUUCCAACUUCUUUCUGACUCACCUUGAAUCUCCUUCUUAGAAUCAUUAUGAUCUUGAAAAGUCAUUUCCUUGUAAAGAGGCCUAGCAUCUAAAAUGAUUGUCGCUGGUUUUGGUAGGAGUCAGAGGGAGCUGCCUCCACCCGUGUCCUAGGAGCACAAUCAGGAAAUGGUUCCUAAAGUCAACCUCAAACAAUGUAUUAGUCUCCCUUGAAAAAUCCAUGAAUGUUUACUGUGGAAUUUGGCGGAAACUUUCCUCUCUAGCCUUCAGAUUACACAACCUGCAUCUGGAACAAAGCUGAAACAGGUCUCCUCCCAAGAACAAUGUGACAGCAAAGGGGGAGGGCAGAGCAUUCCUUUCCUUAAAGCUGGAAGACUCAGGCUAGCCAGGGGCAUGGCACUUUACAAGGAACAGGGACCCAACCAGGCACUUUGUCAAACUUCUGGUCACUGCUACUUUGGCUGGGCAGCCUGCAGUUUGUCGUUCAGUGUUUAAAACUGGGAAGACAAAGAAAGAUUCCUUUCGGAUCUAUCCCUCCUCAUCUUCCUUUGUGAUCAGUGGUCCUUGUCUUGAUGAGCGAAAGAGAAUUGCCUUUACUUCUUCCCCCCUCAGCAGAUGGAAGAGAGUAAACCCUGUGGAAAUCAAGACAUUCUUUACUGCUAUUUCUCUUUUGCAUUAUUUGACAACUUUCUGAAGAAAUAUGUUCCAUCUCUUUCUUGUUGCCUAACUUGCACUCUUAUCACAAACAAAUAUCUAACUAUGUACAUCCUGUGAAUGAACCAUAUCUUGGUCACUAUCAUAUUUCAAAACAUCUCAUCAUGGAUGAAUAAUAUGUUUUUCCCCAGGCAAAUGAAAAUGAGCCACAUACCCAAGUUAAUAAAUAAAAAAAAAUGGUUCUCAGUGAUUAUGAUGGCCCUUUGGGGUUAAAUUUGGCUCUACACUGGCAAAAAAAAAAAAAAAAAAAAAAAAAAGACAGAAACUCUCUACCACAGGAAAAGCGACCCCUGAGCCAGUGUGGGCUCACCGACUUGUAAUUGUCACGAGCAUUCUGUCUAUCAUCCUGAUUACAGAACUGUUCUCUGGGGUGUGGUCCAUUACAAGUGGAGAGAUCUUUCACUGUGAUGCUUUCUUCUACCGAAGGUGGUUUUCCCAUCCCCUUUUUGUUUGCUUUCCUCUUUCUUUGUCUGUCUUGGGAAAUCAUUUAGAAUCUAUGCCUCUACCCCAUCUUAUUCUGCUCCAUCACAUGUUGGGCUGGCUGCUUGGGGCUCCCUGUGUGAACAAUGACACGGAAAUUCAAAAUACGUACAGCACAGUAGCCUCGCUUCCUUGAUGUUUUCUUCAGCAUAACAUUGUCUUUGAAAAGGAAAGAUGUCAUUCCCCAAGUUCCCCUUUUGUCCAUUGUGGCUUACAAAGGUGGAAACACUAGCAAGAAUGCUUUGUGACGUAAAGAUGUGAGGAAUUAUGUUUAAGUAUAAAUCGAGUUAGAAUUAUUGAGUCAAUAGGAUUUGGUUUAAUGAAAAGGUGAUCUAGAAGGAACACAUUAUUUGGCAUUGUGUCUUUAACUGUGUUGGGUUGCUGUAGGGAUCAGUGUCAGAUCUCUCUACAAUGUGUUAGCUGCUCUUAUUUGCUGUUAGGAACCAAUUGCAGGGCCAUCAUCUCUCCGUCUCUAAGAAGGGAAAAUGAGAUAGUCUAGUUUAACAGUGUGGUUUAUGUAGGGUUGCAUGUUAGCCUCUGUAAUUAUCCACUCUUUAACAUGCUGCAGGAUUCAGACUUGAUUUCCAUGGGGUGUCAGGUUUGUGCUUUUUUAAUCUUCUUGCCUGUCAUCUUCCAGGCAAUGUAUGGUUUCCCAGUCUGUGUGCCAAAGCCAGUCAGGCCCCCACAAGCCGUUAAUCCCGAGGAGUUGUGCACCAGUACUAGUUUCCUGUCACCCGCUCCUAAUGUAUGCCAGUCAUGACAGAAUAAAGUGUGCAUUGUGCUGUG